AAAUGCCAUACAGGCCCCCCAUCCACGGAAGGCAGCAAGCACGUCACACUGAGGACGAUCAACGUGCAAAACAGUCUUGAGAGCUUCAACAAAGAAAUCUUCUGCCUUAGGGAGCUUCUUCUCAGCCUCCGUGGAUUAAAAAGACAGCUUUGUUACAACUCGCUCCCAUGAGCUCCUUCUGCAGGAACUGUCCUGGUGAUGUGCAUUCACUGCCACACUGGCCAGUGCUGGCCACAUAACCACCUCAGCAGCCUUGUUUUACCACGCAUGCUUCACAUCUGACACUGAAAUUCCAGCCCUCGGUCCUAAUCCUGUUAACUAUGUGAAGACACUUCAGUCUAGCUUCUUGUGCAGAGUCCUCUUGCCCUCCUUGGGCACCACUGGGUGAUGGAAGCAAAACAACGACUUUGGCUUGGUCUUUGUGCUUAAAACACUGAGAAGAGUCUGAUCUGAGUAAGCUCUGAGCAAGAUGUGCACCUGUGAUCAUUCGCUACCUUAACAGGUACUGAAAGUUUCUGGCUGGAGGUUUUCCUGCGCUCCCCAUAACUGCUGCCCAUCACUGUCCUGAGAAGAAGUGGUGCGAAGGUGCUGCCUCUUGGCUGUAAGGUGCCAGAGUGAGGCUCACUGCCAGUCCUGCUGUGCUUCCUUGUGGCGGCUGCCAUGGAGACCUUGUCCCAGGACUCUCUGCUGGAGUGCCAGAUUUGUUUCAACUACUACAGCCCACGGCGGCGGCCCAAGCUGCUGGACUGCAAGCACACCUGCUGCUCUGUGUGCCUGCAGCAGAUGAGAACCAGCCAGAAGGACCUGCGUUGUCCCUGGUGCCGUGGGAUCACCAAGCUGCCACCGGGGUACUCUGUGUCGCAGCUGCCUGAUGACCCCGAGGUGAUCGCUGUCAUUGCAAUCCCCCACACCUCGGAGCACACCCCUGUCUUCAUCAAACUCCCCAGCAAUGGUUGCUACAUGCUGCCCUUGCCCCUCUCAAAGGAGAGGGCGCUGCUGCCAGGAGACAUUGGCUGCCGCCUCCUGCCCGGUGGCCAGCAGAAAUCCCUGGCAGUGGUGACGAUCCCACCGGAGCAGCAGCCACUUCAGGGUGGCCUUCCUGCUGAGGGGGGAGCAGAGGAGCCAGACCGAAGAGGCAUUGUGAAAAGCUCUACCUGGUCAGGGGUUUGCACUGUGAUUCUAGUGGCCUGCGUCCUGGUCUUUCUGCUGGGCAUUGUCCUCCACAACAUGUCCUGCAUUUCCAAGCGCUUCACGGUGAUCUCCUGUGGCUGAAAUGGGGAGGGAAGGGUGUGCUCCCCAGGGGUCUGGGUUGGGGCAGUGGUAGUGGUAUUGAGCAAGACAAUUCACCGCAGCUUUGCCCAAUGACUGCAGAAUGCUGUGCACCAGGGCAGAGGUGUCCUGGUCUGACUGCAGCUCUCAGCAUUGCGGCAUCAGGCCUCGGCAGCGUGCAGAGAAAAUCAUGUCCCGUGUCUGGUGGCAGUGGCACUGAGGAGGACUGCAUGUGUCACCACAAUCAUUUAUCAAAAGGACUGCAACUUAAUGUGAUUUUUUUUCCCCUAUUAUGUUACAAGAUGAAAGAACUCUAUGUAGCUGGUUAUACUGUAAGGUAUACAGUAUGAGCUCUUCUCUAAACACAGGAGAUUAAAACCCAAACUGCUCCAUGUAGAAUUAAAGAAGAAUUGAUGCGUGACUCUCUACAAGGUGUUCAAUACUAGUCCACACAUGCAUUAUUUCUUAAUGAGGGGAGGGAGACUUGCAAAACCAAGAAAUCAUUUAGCUGCUGAGGCAUUUAAUACAUUUAAAGUGGCACAUUAAUUAAACCAAGUUAGGGAGUUGUAUGAUAGUUUUUAGAAGGAAACAUUUUGCAAGCAGUUGUUUUGUUCCAUGAUGUGCGAUUUUUGCCUCUCUUUUUUUCCCCCCCUUUGUGUCAACCACAGGGAAGUGUCAUUUUCAGCAUACUUUAUUUGAAGGACCUUCCAAGCAGGGAAGCGAAGUGGGUUAGUAGGAAUACCUAAAAAGGCAGCCAAAACACUUUUGCUUAACCGACUUAAUGAGAAGGAUGGCUUUGAAUAGUAGACAUUGAACACACUGUUUUACCUCUGAUCUGCAGCAGGGCUUCCCAAUGACCUGGCCUUCAUAGCCAUUAGUGAAGAAAUGGCUAACGAGAAGUCUUAGAACAACUCUUGCAAAGAUGUGAUAGUAAGUUGUUCUUUUUCUUUUAUUAGAGGUUGGGUUCUCUUAAUUGUUUUAAAAGAAUUUAGACCUGGUUUGCCUCCCACUUUCCUAGGACAUGCAGUUGUGCACCCAUGUAAUAGAGGAGUUGCUCUAAGGAAGUUUCACCAUCCCAGCCGAGACCAAUCAUCUAGUAAGAAGCAGUGACAUAUUUGGGAGAAGAACCCAGGCUGGCCUAAUCCUCUGCUAGGUAGGCUGUCCCUUCUAAACCACCCUAGCUGUCAUAGCAUUAAAACAUCUGGGUGAGCAUAACAGAGUCUAUUCCCACAUUUCAGUCUUGCAAAUGUUGGCCUUUUUAAAGACAGAUUGGAAAAAAAAAACAAACAACAAGUGUCUCCCUCCUCCUGUGAGUGUCCUGAAAGCCCAGUCAUUCCCAGUUUUCACUUUGCAAAGAGCCAGAUUUCUGACCCUUCAUGGCGGUAAUGCUUUGCUCUAAGCAGUCCCACUGGCUUUAGUACUGCUGCUUGCCAGUAAAGUACUGCUUAGUGUGAAGCUGGGUGUUUGGCAAGUCUGAAAUUUGUGUGAGAUUUAGGGAUUGGAUCAAGUAGCACAUGGUAAACCUUUAAUAAGACAGCAAAAAUCUAUUGAUUUGCACUACUUCUUUUUGCAAGAACAAAGCAUAACCUCUCUGAAGCAUGACCUCUUGUUGCCUACCUGCUGUUUUCUAACAAUUAAUUAGGGAUUGCUCAGUGCCAUACCACCAGAGAGCAUAAUUUUGGCUAUGCUGACCAGGUUAGCCCUGUCAGUGGAUUUCUGAUUAUCACAAAAUCUGGUUUCUGGUUCACCAUCAAUGCUAGGACUUCUGUCAGGAACAUACCUCUGAUUUUUGUGAUGGAUUUUUCCCCACCACAUUCCCAAACCACAGUUUUCUUCCUUGGUUUCUGUAACUGAAGAAGAGCAUAAAUGGUGCUUAACUGUUAUGGUGUAUGUAGGGUCAUGUAUGGAGAGUAACCAUUGUGCUGAUUUUUAUCUACUGUCAUAUGUAUGCAUAGCACAGCUGAAACAAGGUAAAUCCCCAGAGAACACCUUCAUCGCCUUUCUCAUGCAAGGCUGAUGUGUAGUGUACCUUGAAAACCUGGCUUAGGAGUGUUGUACUUACAUGGACAGCUCUCUGCAGCACAUUUCGUCUGGUUGCAUUAGGGAACAGCAGGUAUUCCAAAAUGUGUCUUGUCAACCAACUAGUCUCUUGUUGCCAGUAAGUAGCCAAAUUUCUACUGACAUCCAUACUAUGCUGCUUAUUGUGUAAAGGAAAGCCAGCUCACAAAACAAAUCUUGCCUUUCUAAGACACUUGAGGAAGUGACCAGAUACAGGACUCAACCCUUUACUGCCUUACUCCCUGUAGCAAUUAGUGGCUGUAUCAGGAGCACGUAGCAUAGUUGGAAGAUGCUCCAAGAACAAUGCUGGUGCAUUUUGUGCCAGCUUCUGCAUUCCUUUUAUCUGAGUUGUCAAUGACUGCACAAAAAAGUAAGGCAGUCAAAAAGCAGGUCCUGGAGAUGCAGCGAUUGUAACAUUAACCUCCUUCCAGCCGUACCUGCCUGCCUGAAGGUCUUGAGGCCAAGGUUUCUCUGGCAUUGCAGAGAACAGCUGACUUGAAAACUAUUGUCUUGAUCCUUGCAUGGAGAGUGUAGAAUGAAAGAGAAAAUCAGAAAUUAGGUUAAAAUACCACACUGCAUAACACAUUAUGCAAACAAGCAGACCUGGAGUUUAUCCGCUAUUAGUGAUGUAAGUAUUACAUUAGCAGAAUACCAUCCUGUAUUAUGUGACAGCACAUUGUUUCCUUAAAAUGAAUUUCCUGUACUUCUUGUGCCUGCUGAAAUGCAUGUUUGACCUAAUUUCUGAUCCGGACAUUUGCCUGCUCACAGCCUUGUAUAAGAGCAAUAAGUAAAACCUCAAGAUCCCUGCCUGCGUGUGUGCGCACGGUGUGUGUCCGUUCGGUCCUCUUUAUGAAUAAGAGUUCUGGAGAUGUUUUUCUUCCGGCUUUAGAUUGUGACUAUUCAUUUUCUAUUUGCAGCUGCCUUGUCUUGUUGGAUUACCUAGGUUUUUUGCUGAAUUGUCUAGAAGUGAACUGAAUAGUUUGUUGUAAUCUGCAGUGCUAAAAUGUUUCUCUAAGCGUGUCGCUUGUCAUGCUACUUUGAAAAUGCAGUGCAGUCUGGCCCAUUCUUUGAUCCAGUACCUGGCAUUAAAAAAUGAUACUGCUAUAUACACCUGACUUCUUUCUUCUAAAAAAAACUCAAUUAUUUUAUUUUAAACCCCUUUUGUCUUCAUAAUUUUUCUCUCUCCCAACCUAUUUGAACUUGCAUCCAAAUUCCCAGGUUCUGGGCUGAGUUUUCGUUCUUGGCUGUCCAGUAAGAAAUCACUGCCCACUUUCACCAAACAAGGAGAAAACUUACUGUGACACAGUAAAGCAACUGAAAUUUGUGCUAAAACUUGUGGGUAAUUACCCAAGCACCUGCAUUCUUAGAGUAAAUUACUCUGUAUGAAUGUUUGCUUAUUUGCUUGUUGAACGGGGAGGAUGUGUGUGUUUUGGGGUCCAGCUUAACAUUUUUUUUCCCAUGGAGGAUCCCAGCUUCUGGUUUUGGGCUUGUGUUUUCCUGGCAAACAGUCUUUAGGGUUCACUCUGUGAAAGUUUGUUUAGUGAAUUUUAAAAAUUCAAAAAUAUGCAAUUUUGGGAUGUGGGGAAUUUUUUAAGGAAUUGUGUGUUCAGUGAUUGUUCAUGCUUAAUCGAGAUGUAAAGGAGCCUGGAUGUUUUGUAAACAUGGAGCAAUCAUGAGUCCAGUUUCAUCUUUAUUAAUGAAGCUCAGCCUGAAUAAAACAUUAGCAGGAAAAGCUGAUCUCAAGUUAAUUAUGGUACUUCUGUUACUUUACUAUUAAAUGAAAAGUGUGGAA